AUGGCAGCAGCCAUGGAAACUGAACAGCCGGGCCUUGAAAUCUUUGAAACUGCGGGCUGUGAGGAGCGGGUCCAGAGAGAGGAGCAGCCAAAACUGGAACCUUUCUAUGUAGAGAGACAUUCCUGGAGCCAGCUUCGGAAACUGCUUACAGAUACACGGAAGUAUCAUGGGUACAUGAUGGCAAAAGCCCCUCAUGACUUUAUGUUUGUGAAGAAAAAUGAUCCUGAAGGACCUCAUUCCGACAGGAUCUACUAUCUGGCAAUGUCUGGGGAGAACAGAGAGAACACGCUCUUCUACUCUGAAAUUCCCAAAACCAUAAACAAAGCUGCUGUCCUGUUGCUUUCCUGGAAGCCUCUUUUGGAUCUUUUUCCGGCCAUCCUGGACUAUGGGAUGUACUCUCGUGAAGAGGAGUUGCUACGGGAGAGGAAGCGUAUUGGCACCAUUGGGAUUGCCUCUUAUGAUUACCACCGAGAAAGCGGCACCUUUCUGUUUCAGGCUGGGAGUGGAAUUUAUCAUGUAAAAGAUGGAGGCCCUCAUGGAUUCACUCAACAGCCUUUAAGACCCAUUCUGGUAGAGACCAGUUGUCCAAAUAUCCGGAUGGAUCCCAAGCUUUGUCCAGCUGAUCCAAAUUGGAUUGCAUUUAUCCAUAGCAAUGACAUCUGGAUAUCUAAUAUAGAAACCAGAGAAGAAAGGAGGCUAACGUUUGUGCACAAUGAACUGGCCAAUGUUGAGGAGGAUCCAAAAUCUGCUGGUGUGGCUACUUUUGUGCUGCAGGAGGAGUUUGACAGAUACACUGGCUACUGGUGGAGCCCAAAGGCACAGCCAAAUGUUAAUUCAUUUACAGCACUGAAUGGAGGUAAAAUUUUUCGAAUUCUUUAUGAAGAAAAUGAUGAGUCAGAGGUGGAAAUUAUUCAUGUCACAUCGCCCAUGCUGGAGACAAGAAGAACAGAUUCUUUCCGGUACCCCAAAACUGGUACAGCAAAUCCAAAGGUCACUUUCAAGAUAUCUGAAGUGACAAUCAAUGCGGAAGGCAGAAUUGCAGAUGUUGUGGAUAAAGAGCUAGUUCAGCCGUUCGAGAUCCUCUUUGAAGGAGUAGAGUACAUUGCUAGAGCUGGGUGGACGCCAGAAGGAAAAUACAUCUGGUCCAUCUUACUGGAUCGCUCCCAAACUCGACUUCAGAUAGUCUUGAUCCCUCCUGCAUUAUUCAUCCCCACAGAAGAUGAUGCAAUGGAAAGACAGAAACUUAUCGAUGCUGUACCAGAUUCUGUUACACCUUUCAUUAUUUAUGAAGAAACAACAGACAUCUGGAUAAAUAUCCAUGAUAUCUUCUAUGUUUUCCCUCAAACCCGUGAAGAUGAGAUAGAGUUUAUUUUUGCCUCUGAGUGUAAAACAGGAUUCCGGCACCUAUACAAAGUCAUCUCAGUUUUGAAGGAGAGCAAGUAUAAACGGUCAUGUGGAGGCCUCCCUGCUCCAAGUGACUUCAAGUGUCCCAUCAAAGAGGAGAUAGCGAUUACUAGUGGAGAAUGGGAAGUGCUUGGCAGACAUGGAUCCAAUAUCUAUGUUGAUGAAGCCAAAAAACUGGUAUACUUUCAAGGCACAAAAGACUCACCUUUAGAGCAUCACUUGUACGUUGUUAACUAUGAGAAUCCCGGAGAAGCAAAGCGGCUGACAGAACGUGGUUACUCUCAUGCCUGCUGUGUCAGCCAGGAUUGUGACAUGUUCAUCAGCAAGUACAGUAAUCAGAAGAACCCGCACUGUGUGUCACUUUACCGGCUGACAGGACCUGAAGAUGAUGCAGCUCAUAGGACAAAGGAAUUCUGGGCUACCAUUUUAGAUUCAGCAGGCCCCCUUCCUGAUUACAUUCCCCCAGAAGUGUUCUCCUUUGAGAGCUCCACGGGGUUUACGCUCUAUGGGAUGAUGUACAAACCUCACAACCUGCAACCUGGGAAGAAGUACCCCACUGUGCUCUUCAUCUAUGGAGGGCCUCAGGUACAGCUAGUGAACAAUAGGUUUAAAGGAAUCAAGUAUUUCCGUUUGAACACUUUGGCCUCUUUAGGCUACGUCGUUGUUGUCAUUGACAACAGGGGGUCCUGCCACCGAGGGCUGAAGUUUGAAGGAGCCUUUAAAUACAAAAUGGGACAAAUAGAAAUUGAUGACCAGGUGGAAGGGCUGCAGUAUUUAGCAUCGCAGUAUGACUUCAUUGAUUUGGAUCGUGUUGGCAUUCAUGGCUGGUCCUAUGGAGGCUACCUCUCUCUUAUGGCUUUAAUGCAGAGGUCAGAUAUCUUCAGGGUUGCCAUUGCCGGAGCACCCGUCACGCUGUGGAUUUUCUAUGACACUGGUUACACAGAGCGCUACAUGGGCCACCCGGAUCACAACGAGCAGGGGUAUUACCUAGGGUCGGUGGCCAUGCAAGCUGAGAAGUUUCCUUCUGAACCAAACCGUUUGCUGCUGCUACAUGGAUUCUUGGAUGAAAAUGUUCACUUUGCACACACUAGUAUUUUGCUCAGCUUUUUAGUGAGAGCUGGGAAACCGUAUGACUUGCAGAUCUACCCUCAGGAGAGACACAGUAUAAGGGUACCCGAGUCGGGAGAGCACUAUGAACUCCAUCUACUGUAUUACCUGCAAGAGAAUCUGGGCUCUCAUAUUGCUGCCCUGAAGGCAAUGUAACUGACCUCUGCAGAACUCUGCUCCACUGGCUGCUUUACCGAACGAGGAGAUGUAGGAAACUAGAGAAAAUAGGAUGGAAUAUUGCAUUUUGGUGCCUGCCACAUAUGCACACAUGUG